GGAGCACUCUGGGUGAAUCUGGCUUCGGGAGCUUGGAUGAGGAUGGGAGAAGAUGAGGAAGGAGUACAUGGGCAUAAAGGCAGAAGAACGAUGACUGGGAUUGCAGAUGAGCUGGGCAAUGAGAAGUUCUGUGUGGAGACUAACCAGACUGGAAAUGGGAACUGGCUGAAGUAUAUCCGGGUGGCCUGCUCCCGAGAUGACCAGAAUCUAGCCGUGUGUCAAAUUAAUGAGCAGAUUUAUUAUAAAGUCAUUAAGAACAUUGAACCUGGAGAAGAGCUAUUGUUGUACAUGAAGGAAGGGGCUUAUUCACUUGGGACUAUGCCGCCCAAUCUUGAAGAGGAUCGCACGUUCCGCUGUGAGGAAUGCGACGAGCUGUUCCAGUCCAAGUUAGAUCUGCGGCGGCAUAAGAAAUACACUUGCAAUUCUGUCAACACCCUCUAUGAGACCCUGAAUGAGGAGAUCAAGCAGGAGGGCGUCAGUGAUGGGCAGAUCCAUGAGUGCAAAGACUGUGAGAGGAUGUUUCCCAAUAAGUACAGCUUAGAACAACACAUGAUCAUCCACACGGAGGAACGGGAGUACAAGUGUGACCAGUGCCCCAAGGCCUUCAACUGGAAGUCCAACCUGAUUCGCCACCAGAUGUCCCAUGACAGUGGCAAGCGGUUUGAAUGUGAAAACUGUGUGAAGGUCUUUACGGACCCCAGUAACCUGCAGCGGCACAUCCGCUCCCAGCACGUGGGCGCCAGGGCUCACGCCUGCCCGGACUGUGGGAAAACCUUUGCCACCUCAUCUGGCCUCAAACAGCACAAGCACAUCCACAGCACGGUGAAACCUUUCAUAUGUGAGGUCUGCCACAAGUCUUACACGCAGUUCUCCAACCUCUGCCGCCACAAGCGGAUGCACGCGGACUGCCGGACCCAGAUCAAGUGCAAAGACUGUGGCCAGAUGUUCAGCACUACCUCCUCUCUCAACAAGCACCGCCGCUUCUGCGAGGGCAAGAACCAUUAUAACCCCGGGGGCAUCUUCGCCCCGGCCUUACCCCUGACGCCCGGCUCCAUGAUGGACAAGGCCAAGGCGGCCCCCAACCUCAACCACGCCGGCCUCGCUUUCAAUGACUACUUCCCCUCCAGGCCCCAUCCCGGGGGGCUGCCCUUCUCGGCCGGCCCUCCCGCCUUCCCCGGGCUCACUCCGGGCUUCCCGGGGAUUUUCCCUCCAUCCCUGUACCCCCGGCCGCCUCUGCUACCUCCCACCCCGCUGCUCAAGAGCCCUCUCAACCACACGAAGACGCGCUCCGAGCCCCCAAAACCCCGCUGCCCCUAUCUCGAGUCGAGCAAAGGCGCCGAGGGCAAAGCGGACUUCGGCGGCGGCGGCUCGGGGGCUCCCGGGGCCCCCAACAGCCUCGGCGAGGUUCCAGUCUUCUACUCCCAGCAUUCCUUCUUCCCUCCCCCCGAAGAGCAGCUGCUGCCCACGUCGGGAGCGGCCAACGAUUCCAUCAAGGCCAUCGCCUCCAUUGCCGAGAAGUACUUCGGGCCUGGCUUCAUGGGGAUGCAGGAGAAGAAGAUGGGCUCGCUCCCGUAUCAUUCCAUGUUCCCGUUUCAGUUCCUCCCCAACUUCCCCCACUCGCUCUACCCCUUCACGGACCGCACCCUGAACCACAACUUGCUGGUCAAAGCCGAACCAAAGUCGCCCCGAGAUCUCCACAAGGUGGGCAGCACCAGCUCCGAGUCCCCUUUUGAUCUCACCACCAAACCAAAAGAGAUGAAGCCCAUUUUGCCCACCCCCAAGAUGCUCCCCCAGGCCCAGGCUUCCGGAGAGGAGCAGCCUUUAGACUUGAGCAUUGGCAACCGGAUCCGGGCCAGCCAGAACGGAGGAAGGGAGCCCCGGAAAAACCACAUAUACGGGGAAAGGAAACUCCUUCCCAGUGAAAUGUUGCCCAAGAUCUCGCCAUCUCAGCUCCCUCAACAGCCUUCCCUGCACUACGCCAAGCCGUCACCUUUUUUCAUGGACCCAAUAUACAGGGUGGAGAAGCGGAAGGUGACUGACCCUGUGGGAGCCCUAAAGGAGAAGUAUCUGCGCCCAUCUCCUCUGCUGUUUCACCCCCAGAUGUCAGCCAUUGAAACCAUGACGGAGAAGCUGGAGGGCUUUGCGGGCAUGAAGACGGACACAGGAAGCUCCCUGCAGCCCCUCCCCCACCAUCCCUUCAGUUUUAGGUCCCCGCCCCCAACGCUGUCAGACCCCAUACUCCGGAAGGGCAAAGAACGUUACACGUGCAGGUACUGUGGUAAGAUCUUCCCUCGAUCAGCAAAUCUCACUCGACACCUUCGAACACAUACUGGGGAGCAGCCAUACAGGUGUAAAUACUGCGACCGGUCAUUCAGCAUUUCCUCCAAUCUCCAGCGGCACGUGAGAAAUAUCCACAACAAGGAGAAGCCUUUUAAAUGUCACCUGUGUAAUCGGUGUUUUGGACAACAGACCAACUUGGACAGACACCUGAAGAAGCAUGAACACGAGAACGUUCCAGUGAGCCAGCACGCGGGAGUCAUUACGAAUCACCUUGGGACCAGCGCUUCCUCCCCCAACUCAGAAUCAGACAACCAUGCACUUUUAGAUGAAAAAGAGGACUCAUAUUUCUCUGAAAUCAGAAACUUUAUUGCAAAUAGCGAGCUGAACCAAGCAUCAACUCUAAUGGAUAAAAGGCCAGAAAUUCAGGACAUCGAUAGCAAUUCUCAGUGCCAUGGGUUAACCAAUGAAAAGUCAGAGGACGUAGAUGAAGAGGAGGAAGAAUUGGAGGAGGAAGACGACGACAGCCUGACAGGGAAGUCCCAGGAUGAGACCGUCUCCCCCACCACCGAGCCUCAAGGAGCCUAUGAGGAUGAGGAGGAUGAAGAGCCCACAUCACUCAGCAUGAGCUUUGAUCACACAAGAAGGUGUAUGGAGGAGGAAGAAGCCGGCCUGUUAGAUUUGGAGCAGAUGCCGAAUUUUGGGAAGGGGCUGGAUCUCCGCAAAGCGGCUGAGGAAGCAUUUGAAGUUAAAGAUGUGUUUAAUUCCACCUUAGACUCUGAGGCAAUAAAACAAACUUUGUACAGGCAGGCUAAAAACCAGGCUUAUGCAAUGAUGCUUUCUCUUUCUGAGAAUGCUCCUCUUCACGCUUCCUCCCAGAAUUCUCUGGACGCUUGGUUGAACAUGACGGGAGCAGCAUCAGAGACGGGGGCCUUCAACUCCAUUAACCACCUCUGAGAGGUCACGGAGGCACUGGAGACAGAGUCCAGAGUGAGACGACUACCAUGCUAUUAAUGCCCCUUGCAGAAAUUCUGGACAACCGCAAGACAGAGCAGAGAUCCUCAGGGAAGUCUCUACGAUUUGGGCUGGGGAAACAUAAUUCUUCACCUGUGAUCUGCAACGCCUGAUUUUUUUUUUCCUAUUUUUGGUUUCCUUUUGUUUCGUUUUAUCUACCCACCGUAGCUUGUCUCUUGAUUUCUCAAACUGAACAUCAGAACCCAGAGAAUCCCUGAAGCAGUCCCAGGAUUUCACCAUCUCUAAGAAUAGUUUUUGGAAACACGGCUAAUCUGUGGCACAAUAAUAGCAGGUUAACAGCAGUCAAAGCCUAGUUCAUUAGAGUUGGGAAAUGGCAUUUCCCUAUCCCCUGCCUCCACCCCAGACCAACUAAUGUAGAAUUUUUCAUCUGAAAUUAAAGCCAUUUGGCCAUUUCAGGGGAUCUGAAUGGCACUUCUUAAGGGAAAAAGAUAAAUCUAGUUGGGGCUCUAAAGAGAUAGAUCGCUUUUCAAUUGUCAGAUUGCUGGGUUGUUUUUUUUUUUUUCAUAUAUAAUGAAAAGGACAGAAAUAACAUUUUUAGUAAUCUUGUUGCUACAGAUUCUCUUUGAGCUCGUAAAUUUUUUAAAGUAUUUUUAAGAAAUCUGAAAUUGCAAAUUGUUUUGUUUUUUUUAAAGUAGUUUUACAUUGAUUUGAAACUAUCCGCUCCCUCCUGGACAUUAACCAGCCCUCAAGCACAGCAUAGAGAUUGCAUGUGCUUUUUAAAUCCUUUAGGACAACCAUGGACUUUUUUUUCUCUCCCCUCCCCUCCCCUUUUUUUUCUCUCUCUGAUCCUGUUUGUCCACAUGGAAAAGUGAAAGUGAAGGCUCAUGGAGACCAUAGGUAAAAACGGAACUAGAAUAAAAAUUAAGGGCCUUCCUGAGCCAUCCUUAGACAUGGUGUCAUUGCAGAUAGGACUGCCCCAUGGUUGGGACUAAGAAAUGUGCCUGCCACUAAGUGACUUGUAGCUAAAACUAGGGAACCCCUAAUUUCGCCCAGUGGGAGGAGUCUCCUGGCAAUGCAUCCUUGGCGCCUAAAGUUCAGCAGUUUGGGCUGAUGUGAGCCACCUAGGACGCGGAGGUGCAACUGAAGUGAGUGAAAAGGAGGCCGUUGGUCCCUUACCCGCUGAAAUUUCCCCUGAGAUCCGAGGAGUCUUACUUCUGUUGUCCUUGUGUCCUCACCUCCCUAUCCAAGAUUUGGGGCCUGUUGGCCAUUCUCGGGUCGCCCUAGAACAGUGCCCUGUUCCCUCCCACCUCGCUCCUCAACCCCCCCGAUGACGUGGACUGGAAGAACAGAUAGCUACUUCAAUUUGCUCUCUUCCUGGCUCCCCAAGGGGGGUCAGACUUCUAAGCCGCCAAGUCCAUUUGUGUGCCUCCGACUCCGGAUUCCCAAGACAUUAUUUAACUCCCGUUUCCAAUGUUUGCACAAGAUCUUGGCAAGAUGCAGCUCAAGAACCGAACUGUGUCCACCAUCAUUAGCCAGGCUCUAAGAGUUUAAGCUAGAACAUUCCUUUCUUGGAAACAUCUACCCGUCCUCCAGCACCACAGUACUUGCCCAUUUGAAU